AUGGCACCUCAACGUGGAGAGCCUAUUGCCAUCAUUGGCAGUGGCUGUCGCUUCCCCGGCGAGUCCACCAACCCAGCCAAGCUCUGGGACCUACUCAAGAACCCACGUGACGUCUUGUCACCCAUCCCGUCUGAUCGAUUCAAUGUUGACGGAUUUUACCACAAGGAUGGCACCCAUCACGGAGCAACUGACAUCCGAGACGCUUACCUGCUCAGCGAGGACAACCGUCAAUUCGAUGCUCACUUUUUCAGCAUUCAGCCGGCGGAGGCCGAAUCCAUGGAUCCUCAGCAGAGAGUAUUGCUCGAAACAGUCUACGACUCCCUUGAUUCAGCUGGACUCAGAAUCGAAGAUCUGAAAGGUUCUUCCACAUCGGUCUACGUUGGACUCAUGUGUGCCGAUUAUGGAGACCUGAUUGUCAACGAUUUCGAUAGUAUGCCGACUUAUGCUGCGACUGGAAUGGCUCGAAGCAUCAUCUCCAAUCGCAUAUCGUACUUUUUCGAUUGGCACGGGCCCUCGAUGACCAUCGAUACCGCCUGCUCUUCAAGUUUGGUGGCGAUGCACCAGGCGGUGCAGGGUUUGAGAAAUGGCGAGUCUAGAGUUGCGGUCGCCGCAGGUGCCAAUUUGAUCCUUGGCCCAGUCCCAUUCAUUGCUGAGAGCAAGCUACAUAUGCUUUCUGCAACCGGUCGAUCCCAUAUGUGGGAUGAGAGAGCGGAUGGAUAUGCUCGAGGUGAGGGUAUUGCAUCCGUGGUGAUGAAGACUUUGAGUGCUGCUAUCGAGGAUGGCGACCAUAUCGAAUGCAUAAUUCGCGAGACUGGCGUCAACCAGGAUGGUCGUUCAAAAGGCAUAACUAUGCCAAGUCAAGAUGCCCAAGCAGACUUGAUUCGUGACACGUACAAGAAGGCUGGCCUCGAUGUGCUGGAGAAGAAUGACCGGUGCCAGUACUUCGAAGCUCACGGAACCGGAACACCGGCCGGUGACCCUGUCGAGGCAGAGGCUGUCAGUCGUGCAUUCUUUGGGCCAACAAACAAGUCAUCGGAUGCCCAAGAUGUGCUAUACGUUGGCUCUAUCAAGACCAUUGUGGGCCACACUGAGGGAACUGCUGGUCUUGCUGGAGUGUUGAAGGCAUCGUUGGCACUUCAAACUUCCACAAUCCCCCCCAACAUGCACUUUGACAAGCUCAGUGCCACUGUUGAACCGUUCUACAAUAACCUGGAGAUCUCCACAAAGGCUAAACCAUGGCCACGCCUGCCACCAGGAGUUCCUCGAAGAGCGAGUGUCAACAGUUUUGGAUUUGGUGGUACAAACGCCCAUGCCAUCCUCGAAGCUUUCGAUCCUGAGCAGCACCUUGUCAACGGAACUUUGGAGUCUUACAAGCAGAUCAGCGGUCACGUGAGCAGCGAACCCCCGCUUUUUACGCCAUUCGUGUUUUCUGCCCAGUCGGAGAAGGCUCUGCUGGCACAACUGCAGCAGUACUCUACCUAUCUCCAAGAAAAUAGUUCUAUUUCGCUCAGAAACCUCGCGUGGACGCUUCAAAACCGCCGCUCUACGUUCCCAUUCAGAGCCGCGCUCUCAUCUCAAUCAGCAGCUUCGCUGUCCGCGACAAUUGAUGCCAAGCUCCAAGCACUGAAAGAUGGCAAGAUCCAGAGUCUUGCAGUCAGGCCCGCUCCAGGUGUAUCAAGCCUUCUCGGUGUGUUCACUGGCCAAGGUGCACAAUGGCCGUCUAUGGGAGCAGCGUUGAUCCGCCAAUCCAAGACGGCAGAGGCCAUUAUCGACAGCCUUGAGAGAUCACUUGCGGAGCUCCCCGAAUCAGACCGUCCAGCAUGGUCUCUGAAAGCUGAGAUUCUGGCAGAUGGCAAGGCCUCUCGUCUCAGCGAAGCAGCCUUGGCUCAACCGCUCUGUACAGCUGUUCAAGUCGUUCUGGUUGACUUGCUGAAGAGCGCAGGAGUGGAGUUCGAUGCCGUCGUCGGUCACUCUUCCGGAGAAAUUGGCGCUGCCUAUGCUGCUGGUUUCAUUACAUCUUAUGAUGCUAUCCGGAUUGCGUACUAUCGUGGAUUCCAUGCCAAGCUUGCUCGCUCUGAAAGCGGAGAGAAGGGUGCUAUGCUGGCUGUCGGCACCUCGCUCGAGGAUGCCGCGGAGUUCUGCGAGUUGAGCGACUUUGAAGGUCGAGUCGCUGUUGCUGCUUGCAAUUCCUCAUCAAGCGUCACCUUGUCUGGUGACAUUGAUGCGAUUCAAGAAGCAGUCGAGAUCUUUGAGGAGGAGAAAAAGUUUGUCCGAAUGCUCAAAGUGGAUACGGCGUAUCACUCUCACCAUAUGAUUCCUUGCGCUGAGCCCUACAUGGCAUCUCUCCGAGCUUGCAAAAUUAAGCUUCUUGAGCCGUCUAAGAAGACGCAUUGGUUCUCCAGCUUGCGCGAUGGUGCUCAGAUGCAGAGUGCUUCCGAGCUUGGAGACAUCUACUGGAAAGAUAACAUGGUCAGCACGGUCAAGUUUGCUCAGGCUAUCGAAUCCGCCGUGGCAGGCGUCGGGUCGUUCACAGCCGCUCUGGAGGUCGGGCCUCACCCUGCCCUCCAAGGUCCAGCACUUUCAACAAUUGCUGACAAGCUUGGCUCGCCCGUUCCUUACUCGGGAGUGCUCAGCCGAGGAAAGGAUGAUUUGGAUUCUUUUGCAAACGCUAUCGGAUUCUUGUGGAUGCAGACAAACAAGCCAUCUGUUAACUUUCAAGGUCUUGAGAAGUUUGCAUGUCAGUCAGCUCCCAAGCCCGCUCUCCUCAAAGAAUUGCCAGCCUAUCCAUUCGAUCAUGAUCGUCGCUUUUGGUGCGAGUCUCGCAUUACUAGGGCCUUCCACGGUCGAAGCGACCCACCGCAUGAAGUGCUUGGUGUCAAAAGUCGAAGCAGCACAGAACAGCAUGUUCAGUGGCACAAUACCCUCAAAGUUAAGGAGAUUCCGUGGCUGCGGGGCCAUCAGCUGCAAGGUCAAAUCAUUUUCCCUGCAGCUGGGUACAUUUGUAUGGCUUUGAAAGCUGCAGAAACGCUCAUUCCUGCCACUCAAACCGCUAAGCUCAUCGAGAUCCACAAUCUCUUCAUCCACAAAGCAAUCUCAUUUUACGAUGAGAAUUCUGGAGUUGAGGUACUUUUCGAUCUCAACCACACCCCACAGAAUGAUACAGAGGAAAUUCAUACUGCUGAUUUCACAAUAUAUGCUGCAUUGAACAAGAGCUCGACAGAGAUGACAGUCAUGACAACCGGACGAGUCGAAGUCACCAUCGCUGAGCCAUCUCCCCUGGCUCUCCCAGCCAAGGAACCCCCGGUCCCCAACAUGAUUGAAACUGCUGUUGACAGAUUCUACGAACAUCUGAAGACUAUUGGCUACGAGUAUACUCUCGACUUCCAGGGUAUGUCAGCAACAAAGCGAAAGAUGAACUAUGCCAGUGGUCUCAUCGCCAGGCCAAUGACAACCGAAGAGUACAAAUCAUUCUUGAUGCAUCCAGCAGUCAUCGACAUUGCCUUUCAAGCUGUCUUCCUUGCCUAUUGUGCACCUAACGAUGGUGGACUGUGGUCCAUCCAUGUCCCGACGCAUAUCCAGCGAAUCAGUAUCAAUCCUUUACUUUGCGAGAUUGAAAACGGCAAGGCUGUUGAUCUCCCAUUCUACUCUACGUUGACAGACACAACAUCUGCCAAGAUCCUCGCGGAUGUAAAUGUCUACAGCGAAGACUCCCUCCAUACCGUGAUCCAAGUAGAAGGAAUGACUGCCAUGCCACUUGCUCCAGCAACUCCGGCCGAUGAUUUCCGUAUCUUCGCAGAGACUCUGUGGAAGGUUGCAAACCCAGACGGUGAUCUGAUCGUCACCGAUGCCGACAGGGCAACUCCAGCAGAGCUCGAUUUUGCGUACACUUUGGAGCGACUCGCCUUCUUCUAUCUCCGAAACUUGCACCACGGAUUCAGCGCAGCAGCGAAGGAGGCAUCUCCGUCGCAUUUCCAGAGCUUGUUCAAUUUCGCUGCUCAUAUCUGCUCGCUUGUAUCUGAGGAUAAGCACCCUUUCGCUAAGAAGGAGUGGGAAAGUGAUACACAUGACCAGAUUAUCGCAAUUUCAGAGAGUCAUCCCGACAGUGUCGAUGUCCAGCUCAUGGUUGCUGUGGGAGAGAACCUCCCAGCUGCAGUCCGAGGUGAAACCGACAUCUUGAGUCAUAUGACCAAGGACAAUGUUCUGUUUAGGUUCUACAAGGAGGCAUUGGGUAUUCCACAGUCCAACGAGUAUAUUUCGCGGAUGAUGAAGCAGAUCUCUCACAGAUAUCCUCAUACCAAGAUUCUUGAGAUCGGUGGUGGUACUGGUGGAGCAACCAAGUCAAUCCUGCAUAAGCUAGGCAGGUCCUACUCAUCCUACACAUUCACUGAUAUCUCCGCUGGUUUCUUCCCAAGCGCUCAAGAACAAUUCAAAGACCAUGCAAGCAAGAUGCUCUUCAAGACACUCAACAUCGAAGAGGACAUCGUCGCUCAAGGUUUCGCUCCAGCAUUCUACGACAUUAUCAUCGCAUCCAACGUGAUCCACGCCACGGAAUCCAUUGAGAAGAGUCUGAAGAAUGCUCGUCGUCUCCUCAAGCCAGGUGGAUAUCUUCUGCUUCUCGAAAUCACCAACAAUGGCCCUAUGAGACUUGGAUUUGAUGAAGGUGGUCUGCCUGGCUGGUGGGCUGGUAAGGACGAAGGCCGAAUUCUCGCCCCUACAAUAACUUCUACCCAAUGGAAUGAAGAGCUGCUGAAGUCUGGCUUUGCGGGCAUCGAUGCCAUUACUCCUGAGCAUGAUGUUGUUGUUCUGCCGGUAUCUAUCAUGGCGGCUCAAGCAGUUGACGACAAGAUUUCAUUCCUCAGAGAACCUUUCUCUUCCCCAGACCUGAUGCCUAAGAUCAAAGAGCUCAUUAUUGUCGGCGGUACAACUCCUUCAGUUGCGAACUUCACCAAGGAGAUAUCUUCACUCCUAGAUCCAUUGUGCAUCCGGAUUACGACCAUCAAUGCUGUUGAGGAUAUCAACUCUAUGGUUCUCCCCACCAACUACUCGGUCCUCAGUGUCACAGACUUGGAUGUUCCGGUCUUCAAAGAUUUUACAGCUGUCAAGUUUGAGUGCUUGAAGAGACUCUUUGACCAAGCAAGCAACGUGCUUUGGAUCACAGCCGGGUGUCGAGCUGAUGACCCAUAUGCGAACAUGAGUGUUGGUAUUGGACGCUCUGUUCGUCUCGAAAUCCCUCAUGUCAGAUUCCAAUACUUGGACAUCGAGAUUGGAAGCAGACCGGAACCGAAGCUCAUCGCCGAAACAUUGAUGAGGCUCCAAGUUGUCAACUUCUGGGAGCAAGAAGGUGCGCUUGAGAAGAUGCUGUGGACUGUUGAGCCAGAAAUGGCCUACGAGAAAGGCACUCUCAUGAUUCCUCGUAUAUAUGAGGAAGAGGUUCUGAACGCACGAUUCAAUUCCAAGAGGCGACCCAUCACUGAGGAGGUUGCGCCAGAGUCAAACCCAGUUGAGCUUGUUCAUUCUGAAGAGGGCUAUGAUAUUCGAUCAAUGCAGCUUGAACAAUCCGCCGGAGAUCUUGUCUCGAUUCGAGUCGAACACUCCUUGUUGACGUCGAUCAAGAUGAAGCACGUGGGCUUUGCAUUCAUCGGACUUGGCAUCAAUCGUCAAACGAACCAAAACGUCAUCUUCAUCUCAGAACACAAUGCCAGCAUCGUCACUGUACCAAGUUACUUCACAGCUCCUAUCGAUCUUGCACAAGGCUCGGAGCAGACAUUGUUACUCCUGGCAUCCGGAUAUCUCGUGACAAGUUCUGUCCUCGCAGCAACGAAAGAAGGUUCAACUAUCCUUGUCCAUCAAUCGGAACCUCUUGUCGAACUUCUCUUGAAGCAACGAGCAUCUGAGAAGAAGCUCAGAAUAGUGUUCACCACAAGUGGAGAGACUCUGACAGCUAGCUCUCAACACAUCUCGAUCCCCACAAAAGCACCGCUGCAGAGAAUCAAAUCAAUCCUGCCGGAGAAAGUCUCUGCAUUUUUCGAUUUCUCGGAUAUCGGAACUGAGUCAGGGGAAGUCGCUGCUCGCAUUGGUGCUUGCCUUCCAACCUUUUGCAAGACGAAGGGCUCUUCCUCAUUCUUUGCGACAGAAUCUGAGCUUGUACCUGGACCACAGCUUGAUCACCUGAACAUUCUCUUGAGGAUAGCAACCGACUACGCUCAAAUCAAAUUGAAAUCAGCCGAAUCCUUGACUCCAUCUCAGACAAUUGCUCUCAAAGAUGUCAACUCUCGUGUUGAGAAUAACGGUUUCUUGAACUCGGUACUGGCAUGGGGCGCAACUCCUACAGUCCCCGUCAAAGUUGAAUUGGCAGACCGGAACAACCUGUUCUCGGCUGAGAAGACGUACAUUCUUGUUGGUCUGACAGCAGAAAUCGGAAACUCACUCUGCGAAUGGAUGAUUCGUAAAGGUGCCAAGUAUCUCGUGCUCACUUCCCGUAAUCCAAAGCUGAGCGACGAAUGGUUGCAAAUGCUAAAGGAUAUGGGCGCUAUCAUCACUAUCUACUCUUUGGAUGUCACCAAUCGAUCCGCAGUUCAUGCUUUCGUGAAACAUAUCAAGGAGACGCACCCUCCAAUUGCCGGUGUUGCAAACGGUGCCAUGAUUCUUCGAGACACCAUGUUUUCCAAUAUGGACUUGGACACCAUGGUUUCAGUCCUGAAGCCCAAAGUUGAUGGAAGUCAAUACCUCGACGAAUGUUUCUCCGAGAACACUUUGGACUUCUUCAUCAUGUUCGGGUCGCUUGCAUCCAUCCUCGGGAAUAGUGGCCAGUCAAACUACAACGCUGCUAACAUGUACAUGACGAGUCUGGCUGCCCAGCGACGAAAGCGUGGGCUUGCAGCUUCAGUCAUGGACUUGGCUGGUAUCAUUGGUGUUGGCUACCUCUCACGCGCCGCUCUAUUCACGCAUCAGCUCCUCAUCAGAGCCGGAACGAGCUUCACCUCCGAAAGAGAUCUCCAUCAGACUUUCGCUGAAGCUGUCCUUGCUGGGAAGCCCGAAUCAGGGAGAAACCCUGAGAUUAUUGCAGGCCUUCGACGAACCGAUGCAAAUGAACACCCGCCAGUGCCUUGGUACCACAAUCCUCGCUUCUCCCAUUUCGUCGUGGAAGAAGAAAUCGCCAAGAGCACAGGUGACAAGAAGAACACUGUUCCCGUCAAGCAGGAGCUGGAGAAGGCUACCAGUCUGGAUGAGGCUUAUCAGGUCAUUAAGACUUGCUUUUUCAACAAAAUCCAAAUCACGCUUCAACUGCCUGCCGAUGUCAAAAUCAGCGAACAAGUUCCACUGUCUGAGCUGGGUGUGGAUUCACUUGUCGCAGUGGACAUCCGAACCUGGUUCCAGAAAGAGCUUGAGGUUGACAUGGCAGUCUUGAAACUGCUGGCUGGGGCUUCCAUCAAGGAACUUCUUCGCGACGCAUUGGAGAAGGUGCCAAAGCUUUUCAUGCCUAACCUUGGCUCUGAGAAGACAGCUGCUGUUGAAGAGAAGCCGACCAAAGAUGUCAUCCAGAGCUAA